AUGCUACGCGUCCUCCGCAAAGUCCAGAAGCUCACGCUCCAGAACCUAGAAGGGCGAGCCAAGCGACGGGAGGAACUCCGCAGGGGGCGUGGUCGGGAGGCGGGGCCUGGAUUUCCCGGUUCCGCAGAGGCAGGCUGCGUGCUUGCGCAGCACGUACGAGCGGGGGUGGGGCAGGCAGCCGGGCGGGCGGCGGAGGCACGGGGCCUGGUCCCGCCGGCACCAUGGCCAAGACCGUGGCCUAUUUCUACGACCCUGACGUGGGCAACUUCCACUACGGUGAGGGAACAAGGUGGGGCAGGGCACCCUAUGAAGCCCCAUCGCUUGGCAUUGACCCAUAGUCUGGUCCUGCACUACGGUCUCUAUAAGAAGAUGAUCGUCUUCAAGCCGUACCAGGCCUCCCAGCAUGACAUGUGCCGCUUUCACUCUGAGGACUACAUCGACUUCUUGCAGAGAGUCAGCCCCACCAAUAUGCAAGGCUUCACCAAGAGCCUUAAUGCCUUCAACGUGGGCGAUGACUGCCCAGUGUUUCCCGGGCUCUUUGAGUUCUGUUCCCGUUACACAGGCGCAUCUCUGCAAGGAGCAACCCAGCUGAACAACAAGAUCUGUGAUAUUGCCAUUAACUGGGCUGGUGGUCUGCACCAUGCCAAGAAAUUUGAGGCCUCUGGCUUCUGCUAUGUCAAUGACAUUGUGAUUGGCAUCCUGGAGCUGCUCAAGUACCACCCUCGGGUGCUCUACAUUGAUAUUGACAUCCACCACGGUGAUGGAGUUCAGGAAGCCUUCUACCUCACUGACCGGGUCAUGACAGUCUCCUUCCACAAAUAUGGAAACUACUUCUUUCCUGGCACAGGUGACAUGUAUGAAGUUGGAGCAGAGAGUGGCCGCUACUACUGUCUAAAUGUGCCCUUGCGGGAUGGCAUUGAUGACCAGAGUUACAAGCACCUUUUCCAGCCGGUUAUCAACCAGGUAGUGGACUUCUACCAACCCACGUGCAUUGUGCUCCAGUGUGGAGCUGACUCUCUGGGCUGUGAUCGUCUAGGCUGCUUCAACCUCAGCAUUCGAGGACAUGGGGAAUGCGUCGAAUAUGUCAAGAGCUUCAAUAUCCCUCUUCUGGUGCUAGGUGGUGGUGGCUAUACUGUCCGAAAUGUUGCCCGCUGCUGGACAUAUGAAACAUCGCUGCUGGUAGAAGAGGCCAUUAGUGAGGAGCUUCCCUAUAGUGAAUACUUCGAGUACUUUGCCCCGGACUUCACACUCCAUCCAGAUGUCAGCACCCGCAUCGAGAAUCAGAACUCACGCCAGUACCUGGACCAGAUCCGCCAGACAAUCUUUGAAAACUUGAAGAUGCUGAACCAUGCACCUAGCGUCCAGAUUCAUGAUGUGCCUGCAGACCUCCUGACCUAUGACAGGACUGACGAGGCUGAUGCAGAGGAGAGGGGUCCUGAAGAGAACUAUAGCAGGCCAGAGGCACCCAAUGAGUUCUAUGAUGGAGACCAUGACAAUGACAAGGAAAGCGACGUGGAGAUUUAAGAGCAGCUGGGCUUGGCUCUAGCCCAAGGAAUUCCUUUUUACCUCUUGUUUGGGCAGGAGGGAAAAGAUGUGGCACCCACAGCCCUGGAUGGUCACUUUCAGGGCUUUACCAGUGCUGGAGGAGGGUUUGGAGACCACACCUGGUUUUUGAACCAACUAUCCCCUUUACUGUAUUUCCCAAGGCCUGACAAUGGUACUUAUUAGGGAUUGGAUGGGGACAAGGAUAACUUCCCCUAGGACAUCUUGGGCAAUGGGCCCUAGAUGCUGUUCCCAGCUACUUUGGCCCCCUUAUUCCUUUCCUGCUUCCCUCCAACCCAGAGACUUACAGGGAUGAAGAUGUUAGACGGGAGUAAAGUUGCCUCAGACUUUCUCCUUUCUUGGUUUCCCCUACAGCAAGCCUCGUUUUCAGUGCAGGUGAAGAGUGAGGGAUUUUAGGGGUUUCUGGCUCUCUAACAUCUUAACCCCAGAUGAUGGGAAAUAUGGUUUUGAGUCCGGGGAGGAUGUAAAAAUGUCUCUUUCUAACUUUUGGCUUUAUGUCCAUUUUACCACUGUUUUUAUCCAAUAAACCAAGUUGGUAUUUUUUGUA